AACAGCAGCUAUUGUCGCCACUGGGCGCGUGCGUCGCCUUGCACUUCUGCCCUCUGGUCUUGCGGGUACGGACGCGGGUGGAAGCUGGGCGCCCAUGGCCGUGGCAGCGAUGGCCGGGCGUGGCCGCCUAUCGCACGCUGCGCCCGCGCCUAGCACGGAGGGGCUACCGCGCGCCUUUCUCCAGAGUCUGCGCACCCUCUUCGACAUCCUGGACGACCGGCAGCGCGGCUACGUGCACCUGCGCGAGAUCGAGUCCCGCUGGCAAGGUGCAGACGCACGCGAGCUGCCCUGCGGCGUGCUCGAGGGCCUGCGCCAGGUAGCCCCCGCCAAUGGCUACCUGACCUUCGAGCGUUUCGUGGCGGGCUUGCGCACCUCGCUCCUGAACGCCGAUGGAGGCCCGCGGGAUCAGGCACGCGUCGCGGCCCGGCCUGGGGACCAGUCAUCCCUGCAGCAGCGCCUGAUGUUCGCGCCGGCUGAUGAGCCGCGGACUGUCCUGGAGAGAAAGCCUCUGCCUUCAAGUGCACGCUCUGCUCCUGCUGGUCCCAGUGGCACCUCCCGGAAUCCUGAACUGUUGUGUGUCCCGGUGGAGGCGGCGCCCUGCCCCACAGAGCCUGAGCGGCCCCUGAGCAAGACGCUGGAGCGGAUCCCCAGCGCGGAUUCGGGUACAACAGCCUGCAAGACCCUGGACUUGGGCACAGGGGAAGCCCGGCAGACUCCGCGGGCCCGAGGCGAGCGUCGAAGGCAUACCAUCACCAACGGUGUGGACUGCAGCCUGUUGAAGCAAAUGAAGGAAUUAGACCAGGAACAGGAGGUGCUGCUGCAGGGUCUGGAGAUGAUAGCCCGGGGCCGAGAGUGGUACCAGCAGCAGCUGCAGCGUGUACAGGAACGUCAGCGCCGCCUGAGCCAGAGCAGAGCUGCCGCCGACCUUGGGGCUGAAGGGAGCCCCCGCCCUCUGGGGAGGCUGCUACCCAAAGUACAGGAGGUAGCCCGGUGCCUGGGGGAGCUGUUGACAGCAGCCUGUUCUGGCAGAGCUCCACCCUCAUCCUCCCCCUCAACCUCCCCCUCAACUCCAGUCUGGCAGCAGCAGACCAUCCUCAUGCUGAAAGAACAGAACCGGCUUCUCACUCAGGAGGUGACUGACAAGAGCGAACGCAUCACGCAGCUGGAGCAGGAGAAGUCUGCACUCAUCAAGCAGCUGUUCGAGGCCCGAGCUCUCAGCCAGCAGGAUGCGGGGCCUCUGGACUCCACUUUCAUCUAGUUGGUUGCACCUCUCUAGAACGAGUGCGCGCAGACUUCGCUCAGCUCCGUGGCGUUGCUGGGAGCCUGUCUUCUGACUGAAGACCAUCAGCUGGCUUAGACCUCAGAGCCCUUGAGCGGUGCUGCUCAGAGAUGUGCUCUGCCUGAAGCUGCUACUUCCCGUUGUGAGUGAGUGGGGGAGGAUCAUCCUCGUGUUUACCUGAUCUCAGGCAGCCCGGACAGAGAAGGGGGUAUGUUUACAGCUGUCCUGACCCCUCUGGCAGGGGUCCCUGGGAUCACUGGUGUUUAGUAAAAAGUAUUGGUCACA